UUCUCAUCCCUCUCUACAUUAUCCCAUUCGUUUCCUCAGUUGUUUGUUUCUGCAAUCCUUCAUAAUGUCACUUACCGGAACAAUUAGCACUGAACUUCCAGUUCAUGCAGCUGCAGACAAAUGGUUCCACAUCUUGACCAAAAACCUCCCCCAGGUUCAACACGUUGCUGGUAAAGUUCAUGGAACCAAACUCCAUCAAGGUGAUGAUUGGCAUACCAAUGAUUCGGUCAAACACUGGACUUAUACCUUAGACGGUAAGACAGUAACAUGUCUUGAAAGUAUUGAAUCGGUUGAUGAACAGAGCAAAACAAUUGUAUUCAAGGUCUUUGGUGAAGCUGUCGAUGAUAAAUAUAAGACGUUGAAGAUAAUCUUUGAAGCCAUCGAGAAAGAAGGUGGCAAAGCUGCAAUCAAAUGGACUAUUGAAUAUGAGAAGCUAAGAGAGGAUGUUCAUCCUCCAUAUGGCUACCUGGAAUUAUAUGACCAUAUCAUUAAAGAUGUUGAUGCUCAUAUUGUCUAGGCAGAAAGAGAUGCC